GGCAGCACGUGCAGCCAAAAAGUCUUAUUGAAGCACACGGAAGAAAAUAAGCAAAAUUAACGAGUUGCUGCAAUCUGCCCGCUACUGCGCCAAAAUCAACUUUUUGUCUCAAUUUCUGUUUAAAUCUCCUUUCCACUCUCUAUUCUCCCAAUUAUCUCUGCCAAGUGAAAAGAAUGUCGUGUAGUUCAUAGGAGGGAAGUGGAAUUGUGAAUUGGAGAAUCAGUAGUAAGAGUUUAGGGUUUUUUUUUUUUUAAUUGUAGAUGGCAUCUCCUACAUUUGAAGUGGAGGAUCAGUUGGAUGAGGAUUUUUUUGACAAAUUGGUCAAUGAUGACGAUUUUGAUUUUACGGGAUCCACCCGUAAUCUUGUAGCUGAAGCUACUGAUACCGGAGAAGUGAAAGCUUUUUCUAAUUUGACUAUUAGUGAAACGAGUCCUGGUGGAGUUGAUUCUGGUGGAAAGGAUGUUGAUUUUGGUUUAGAAGCUGAAAAGAGUGGAGAAGAUGGUGGUAGUUUGGCAUUAUUGGAUGCUAAUAAGGAUAAUGUGGCUGCUAAUGAGAGCGGUUCAGUGGUACCUAGUAAUGUGAAGGAGUAUAGUGAAAUGAAGACCGGAGAGGAGGGUGUGUUGGAUACGGCUAACAGUAAGAGUGAUGUAGCUUCCGGUACUGGUGUGAAAGAGGUUCAAUGGAGCACGUUUAACUCUGAUACAAAUGUUCACGGUGGUGGUGGAUUUAGGACAUACUCGGAAACUUUUAAUGAUUUGGGGGAUAAUUCUGAUGACCCUUUUGCUGAAGUGGGGAAUAAGGAUGAUUCGCUGGUGGAAUAUAAUGCAACAGCUAGCGUGUCAGGGAAUUCAGUUUCUGAUUUGGCUUCUUCCAGUCAUCUGCAAAGUAAUGAUGUGCAAUACUAUAGCAUGGGAUCUGAACAAAAUAUAGAUGGGCAAGAUUUAAGCAAUAGUCAGUACUGGGAAAAUCUUUACCCAGGAUGGAGAUAUGACCCUAGUACUGGGCAAUGGUAUCAGGUGGAGGGAUAUGACCUGAAUACAACCAUGAAUUCACAGGAGAGUUUUGGUGUGACACAGUCAGAUAGUGAUGAUCUUAUUUCAAAUAACAAAACGGACGUUCAUUCUUUGCAGCAAAUGACUCAGUCUGUUGUGGGAACUUUAGCUGGGGAUUUUGGGAAUUCAAAUACCUCUAACUGGAAUCAGACUUCACAAGGAAAUGUGGAGUACCCUGCACACAUGGUGUUUGAUCCCCAGUACCCUGGUUGGUACUAUGAUACAAUUGCUCAAGAAUGGAAGAUGAUGGAGUCUUACACUCCAGCUGUAGAUCAGCCAGCAACCGUAGAUUAUGAUCAACAAUACCAGAAUAAGAAUAGUGAAAGCUAUGAGUCUCAAACUUUGGGUAGUCAAGACCUUUUUAUGAAUCAGGGUGAAUCUGCAAGCAACUAUCAUCAGCAAAAUUCAAAUAGUUUCCAAGCUUACUCAGUUUCCAACAUAGGAACAGACAUUUCUUCUGAAAACAAGCAAUUAGGAAACAUUUACAGUCCUUCAGAUAAUGUAGAUAACCAUGCAGAGCAACAAAAUGGAUUUGAACCUUCUAGAUCAGUUGCUCCUUAUAAACAGCAAAGUCAGACUUUUCUUCACGGUGGUGAGAUUUCUAGGUUUCAGAGCUUUAUUCCAGCUUGGGGUUAUUCUCAGUUUAGUAAUCAGACAACCGCUCAGCCAGACCAACAGAUGCAGUUCGGACCUGCUUUCACUGAUGCUCAGCAAUCGGGAAUUCAUCCUCGACAGCCACUUCAAAUUGGUGCUUCAUUUUCUUCUUCACCCAAUGAGGGAAGGUCUUCUGCUGGACGGCCUCCACAUGCUCUAGUUACUUUUGGAUUUGGUGGAAAACUUGUUGUCAUGAUAAACAACAGUUUGUCUCACUCUACCGCGGCAUAUGGAAACCAGGGCUCUGUUGGAGGUGUGGUCAGUGUACUAAAUUUGAUGGAAGUUGUCAUGGACAACAGUAAUGCUUCUAGCUUCGGAUUUGGUGCCCAUGAUUACUUUCGUACAUUAUGCCAGCAAUCUUUACCUGGUCCUUUGGUUGGUGGGAAUAUUGGAAAUAAAGAGUUGUAUAAGUGGAUUGAUGAAAGGAUUGCAAACUGUGAAUCUUCAGGCAUGGGCUAUAGAGGAGAAGUUUUGAUGUUGCUUUUGUCUUUGCUGAAAAUUUCAUGUCAGUACUAUGGAAAACUUAGGUCUCCUUUUGGCACUGACCAAACUUUGAAGGAGAGUGAUUACCCAGAGUUAGCCAUUGCUACGCUUUUAGUUUCUGUGAAAGGGAAGGGAGUGCACUUGAGUGCAUAUGGUGCUGUCAUGCACUGCUUGCAGAAUUUGCCCUCAGAAGCACAGAUGCAGGCUACUGCUCUCGAGGUACAGAGGCUUCUUGUCUCUGGUAGAAAGAAGGAAGCAUUAGAAUUUGCACAAGAAGGUCAACUGUGGGGACCAGCUCUUGUUAUUGCAUCUCAGCUUGGUGAUCAGUUUUAUGGUGAUACAGUUAAGCUAAUGGCACUCAAGCAAUUGAUAGCUGGAUCACCAUUGCGGACAUUAUGCCUACUAGUUGGAGGUCGACCUGCAGAUGUGUUUUCCACAAUUUCCCCCAGUAGCAAUCUCCCUGGUUAUGUAAAUACUCCUAACCAGCCUGGACAGAUUGGAGCUAAUAUGUUGGAUGGAUGGGAGGAGAACUUAGCCAUCAUAACAGCUAACAGAACAAAAGAUGAUGAACUUGUUAUUAUUCAUCUUGGAGAUUGCUUAUGGAAAGAGAGGGGUGAGGCUGCUGCUGCUCACAUAUGCUAUUUAGUUGCAGAAGCCAACUUUGAGCCAUAUUCAGACGGUGCUAGACUUUGUCUUAUUGGUGCUGAUCACUGGAAUUGUCCACGAACGUAUGUUAGUCCUGAGGCUAUUCAGAGGACAGAACUAUAUGAAUACUCAAAGGUGCUUGGAAAUUCUCAGUUUCUCCUCCUACCUUUUCAGCCAUAUAAGCUUAUUUAUGCUUACAUGCUGGCUGAAGUUGGAAAAGUGGCUGAUUCUUUGAAAUACUGUCAAGCCAUUUUGAAGUCUUUGAAAACUGGCCGAACACCUGAAGUAGAGGCUUGGAAACAAUUAGUGUCUUCUCUUGAGGAACGAUUAAGAUUCCACCAGCAGGGUGGCUAUGAUAUGAAUUUGGCUCCAACUAAACUGGUGGGUAAAUUGCUCACCUUCUUUGAUAAUACUGCUCAUCGUGUUGUUGGAGGCCAACCUCCACCUCUUCCUUCAACAUCUUAUAGCAGUGUUCAUCGAAAUGAGUUUUCUCACCAACCAGGGGGCUCAAUGGCAUCUAGCAGUCAACCAACAAUGGUCAUGCAAUCUCUAAAGUCUUCUGCGUCAGUGGAAUCAACAAUGGCCAUGCCAUCAUUGAUACCUUCUGUAUCAAUGGAACCCAUUAGUGAAUGGACUGGUCAGACUGACCUAUCAACCAUGCCUAGUAGAAGCAUCUCUGAGCCAGCCUUUGGUCAAAACGACAGAAAGGUUAAUUCAUCCAAUGAAGUUAAAUCAUCUGGGACACAAGAAAAAGUAGCAGUGUCAAGUGGGUCUUCUCGCUUUGGUCGUUUUGGCUCGCAGCUAUUCCAAAAGACCGUUGGUUUGGUCCUAAGAUCUCGACCAGACCGUCAGGCUAAACUGGGUGAGAAGAACAAAUUUUACUAUGAUGAAAAGCUCAAGAGAUGGGUUGAGGAAGGAGCUGAGCCUCCAGCUGAGGAAGCAGCCUUGCCACCUCCACCCACUAGUACAGCUUUCCAGAAUGGCAUGAAUGAUCUCAGUAUAAAAGAUACACCCCAAAAUGAAAGCACUCACAAAAUUAGUGAAAAUAAAAGCCUCAUCUCUUCUGAAUGGAGCUCAGGAAUUCCACCAAUCCCACCCAGUUCAAACCAGUUUUCUGCUCGUGCACGUAUGGGUGUACGCUCAAGGUAUGUUGACACAUUCAACAAGAGUGGGGGCAGCCCUGUAAGUUUAUUCCAGUCUCCUUCUGUUCCAUCAUCAAAAGCUGUGGCUGGUUCUAGUCCCAAGUUUUUCAUCCCUUCUCCUGUUACCCCCACUGAGGAGAUUGUUCAAAACACUAAGGAAAGCAUGCAAGAAGCAGACUUGACCAAUGAAAGUCCAGCAAUAUCUUUUAAGCAAGAUUUAUCUACACUAUCAUCAUCAUCAUCAAUAUCAGCAUCUGCAUCACUAUCAUCAUCAUCAUCAUCAUCGUCAUCAUCAGCAACCAUGCAACGGUUUCCUAGCAUGGAUAAUAUUGUGCGCAAAAGGGAAGCAGCAGUGUCAGAUGGCAAUUCUCGACGUACUGCAUCCUGGAGUGGAAGCCUGAAUGAUGCUUCCAAUCUUUCUACCACAAAGGAAAUAAAACCUCUUGGAGAAGCCCUAGGUAAACCUUCAUCAAUUUAUGCUGACCCUAAUUCUGGGGAAGACCUUCAUGAAAUCAAGCUUUGAGGUGUGAAGGAAAUGUUCUAAUUCCUCAUUCGGCUGAUCGUUAUGGGUAUACUCCACUCUCAUCGCCUCAUUUUUGCUGUGGGGAAAGAUGAUGGGGGAAUUAGGGAUGGCAUUGAUUGCGGUGUGACACCUUCUUUAUCCUGUUACAUGUGUACUUUAGGCCAAGAAUUGGUCUGAAUGCUCUUGGUUUUGGGACCAUUCCUUAGUUUGAGAAACCCCGACCUGACAUGGGCAUGUAACUGCGUUCGUGUACAGGAAGUGAUUCAUUCAUUAUGCAGACGGCAGAGCCAUGCUAUGCGAUGGAGCAAAGAGGCGCCAAAAAGAGGCUCAUCCGCAUAUAAAUUUGAAGAAGUUGCUACUUGCCAACUGAAAUUGGAAAUACAAUUUAUUUAUUUUGGGUUCAAUAUCUAAAGUCUAAACUACUAGUUGUAGUACCUCAUUUCUUUUCUUUUUGUCAGAUCUGAAAAUAAUUAUAGCAUAAUAAAAUAAUUGGA